AUGGUCCGAGCCUUGAUCCCAACCGCUGCCCUCGCCCUCAUCGGAGGCGUCCAAGCCCAGUGUGGUGCUGGAACACCCGACGCCCAGGUGACGGGCUCCGACGGCUCCUUCACAGCUACCAGCGGGUCUGGAGAGGUCUACUCGGGUUCAGACUAUCUUGCCGCGAUCCAAGCUGCCAUCGACUCCAUCAGCAGCGGCCAGCGCGUCUCUGUCAUUGCGUCGGGUUCGAUUGGUGCAGGCACCAUCAGCAUUGACAGCGGCAAGAUCUUUGAGGGAUGUGGUACCAUUGACGUUGCCAACCGAGCUGGACACGGCGCUAUCGAGUCCCUCGACACUACAGAUGUUCAGAUUCCUUACCUCACCAUGACUGGCUCUCCUUACUUUGGCCUCCGAUUCUACGGUACCAAGAACCUGGUGCUCGGAGAAAUCACGAUGAACCUUAGCGGGGGUCUGGGCAUCCGCUUCGACCGAGACAAGGCCGCCAACUCCAACGUUAAGAUGGGCACCAUCAGCGUCACCGGUGCCGGCAGCCACGCCGUCGAGACCUGGAACAUCGACGGUCUCGAGAUCGACCAGGUUAUCGCCCGUGACGUCGGCGAGGCCGGCCUCCUCAUCCAAAAGACCACCAACGCCAAGGUCGGUCUCGUCGACGGUAGCAACGUCGGUGCAGGCACUGGUUACGGCACCCUCCGAUUCGCCAACAACAACGGCCAGGGCGCCAACGGCGAGUACGAGACAAACAUUUUCAUCGACAAGGUCGUCUCCCGCGGUGGUGGCCGUGGCGUUUUCUGCGUUUCCCAGUCCGGUGCCGCUGAAAUCGAGACUGUCGACCUGGCUGACAACGGCAACAACGCCAUCCUUAUCGAGAACUGCUACAACGUGAAGAUUAACGGCGGCACUGUCAAGGGAGGCGGUGAGGUUCGUCUGGCCGCUCGCGACGAGUUCCCCAACAACCGCGACAUUUCGGUUACCCUCGAAGUCAACGACAACUCGGUCCGCGAGUCUCCUUGCGGUGAGAACAUCAGCUGGUCCAUCACUGGCAACGCCAAGCAGAAUAUCUGCUAA